GUAAGCUCUGAAACUUUUUUUUCCGCUAAAAAAUGCGAGCUCGUUUGAUGAGCGAAUGAUCAUUUAUACAUACUUGCUAGUGUCACAUGUGCAUUACCUUUGUUACAAUCACAUCCGCUAGAUCAUUGAAAAUUGAGAUCAAAAGCGCGGUCCCACUUGAUGACGUGUUAAGCUAAAUGAGAUCAACGGCUUCCAAGGCGUUUGUGAGAAUUACAAAUUUACUGCUGUUUGCAAUUUAAGUCGCAUGGUUUUCUCCGUCUUAAAGCCGCCAUCUGCGAAUUGCUUGCGUUUCUUCUCUCUACUAGUCUCCUCAUCUUUUCACUCCGUGCGACUUGUCGUGUUUGCGCAUAUUAAGGCUUCUCGUCUGUCUCUACCAGCAGCGAUGGAUGGUAAUUCCUCUGGCACGUUGGUUCUAUGUGGAAAAUCGUUGGCUGAGAGUGAAGUUGCUGAGUCAUUGAAGGCCAAUAACACGCUUAAACUCCCUGAUAAUAGUGAAUUUUCCAUAAUUUUGCAAUCAGAAAUUGGUAAAUCUGUUGAAGAAGAGUCUUUCGAUGUUAAACUGUACAUGAACUCUCUUUCCACCAAUCAGUUUGGUCGAUUCCUGAUCUGGUCUCCGCGGGUGUCUUCUACGCACGACAUUGUUUCUCACAACUUCGGGGAGCUUCCAGUUGGUUCGGUUUGUGUUUCUGAUGUUCAGUUUAAAGGGCGAGGCCGAUCAAAGAAUGUGUGGGAAUCUCCAAAGGGUUGCCUUAUGUUUUCUUUUACCAUACAAAUGGAGGAUGGAAAAAUUGUACCUUUGUUACAGUAUGUGGUGUCUCUUGCUAUGACCGAGGCUAUAAAAGAUAUAUGUGACAAACAUGGAUUACCAUACAUCGAUGUUAAAAUAAAAUGGCCAAAUGAUCUGUAUUUAAAUGGCCUAAAAGUUGGAGGCAUAUUGUGCACAUCAACAUAUAAAUUGAAGAAGUUCAAUGUCAGUGCUGGUGUAGGUUUGAAUGUAAGUAAUGACGAGCCAACAACAUGCUUGAAUGCAGUUCUAAGAAAGUUCUGUGAUUCCGCUUACCAGUACAGGAAAGAAGAUAUUCUUUCAGCCUUUUUUGAUAAAUUUGAGACCUUUUAUGAUCUUUUCAUAAAUCAAGGAUUUCAAACUCUUGAGGAGCUAUAUUAUAAGACUUGGCUACACAGUGGGCAGAGAGUUAUUGUACAGGAUAAGAAUGAGGACCAAGUAGUUGAAAGUGUUGUGACUAUCCAGGGAUUGACAUCAUCAGGAUAUUUGUUAGCAAUUGGUGACGACCAUCAAAUUUGUGAGCUUCAUCCUGAUGGAAAUAGUUUUGACUUCUUCAAAGGACUGAUCAGAAGAAAACUUCAAUAAUUCCAGACUACCCUUCCACGGGAGGAGACUGUCAUGCUUGCAUCAUGGGAAGAACUUUGGAUAUUUUGUUGUUUUUAUGUUUGUCCCAUUGUCCCAAUACUGAUUCUAUUUCCAAAAUUAUUGAUGCUUGGCCUUCUGCUUA